UUGAAAAAAAAAAAAAGUUUUUUCUUAGUUUUUGUUAUACAAUUUUGUAAAAUAAGUGAUUUUUCUCCUUCACUGAUGUGCGCUAAUGAGGCUGUAGUGAUGGGCACUGAUAGGCUGCACUGAUGGACACUGAUAGGUGGCACUGAUGAAGAGGCACUGAUAUGUGGCAUUGAUGUGCACUGAUAUGUGGCACUGGCACGUGGCACUGAUGAGCACUGACUG